AUCUCCAGUUUACAGGAUGCCGAUAUACAUUAGGAAAGGGCCACUAGAAAUCCCUCCUGGUUCUGAGAAGGGCUGGGCCAGUGAGGAACAUGAAGAUUAUUUCUUGAGGGAUCCAGACCAAGCACGAGAUUGUCUCCCACAGCCAUAUCGCAUGAUUGCAAAAGUGGUAGAACUCCUGAUUGACCAGAGUAUUGAGACUAUCAAGAUAAGGGAACAAACACGUGAGGAGGAGAAACUCAAAAAGAAAACUGACGUCUUACAACCAACUGCUGAAAUCCAAGUAUCCAGAAGAGUUAAUUGUCUUGCUAUGGGGAAAAAUGGAUCAUUUUUAUUUGUCGGCCUCUCUGAAGGUUUGAGGGUUUACAGCUUGUCUCAUGGUGACUGGAUUUGUGGCUGGGAAGCAGAUAAAUUAGAAGUGUGCAGCCUGAGUGUAUGCCAAGUGAAAAAUCAGACGUACCUUGUUGGCACAGUGGAUGACAUGGGUAUCGCUCGUCUAUUCUACUUUUCUGAAGAGAACCUCCAUUUUGUGAAAGCCAUAAAUGAAACAGAAGAUAUAAGCAAACGUACUGUUUGUAAAACAUUUCAGCUGUCCCAUGGAGGUGACUAUGCUGGAGUUCUUUUGGAAGGUUCCGGGGAAUGUUGGUUGGAAGUGUACAAGCUUCCCAAGGAUUCCUGGCUGAAGGAGCUGGAUUAUGCCCAUUUCACUAUGCCAAGCACACCUCUAACAGGCACCGAGGUGGGCCCUCUAGCACACAUAAUUUCUGCCGGUAUGCCUCUUAUGUCAGAGCCAAAGGUCACCCAGCCAGUGCUUUUAAUGAAGAUUAAGCCACCAAAGCCAAUUACAGGAAGUACAUUUAAAACUGUUCAAGAGGCUGUGCAGAAGAAUGAUGACAGCAGUGUGUUUGGUUCUGGACAGAAUCACAUGAUCAGCUCUCAUCAAUGGGAGCAGCAAGAAGCAAUAUUUAUGGAACUGUAUGAAAAAUAUCUUAGCAUAGAUAUGCCUAAAAUCCCAGAAGGAGACACAUCAAGGCACACCAUGUUUCAUAUCCUUCAACCUAAUAAAAUAUUAAACACUGAUACAGAAACAAUGCAGUCAGAUGUACCUAAUGCCAUAAGUGUGCACUGGAGUGGAUGCCACAAUUUCUUCAUCUACCUACUGCACAGAUCUGUCAAGGAUAAGGCAGAUGUUGACCAAAAAGCUGAUAUUGUGUGGCCGUGUGCUGCUCCUAUUAAAUUCUCAGCAGUCAGCUCUUGCACGUCAUACCUAGCACUAGCUCUUGAAAAUGAAACACUUGCAGUGUGGGACAUGAAGUACUCUGGUUUUCCUUUAGCUGUUGUUGCCUUCCCAGAGGGACGGCAUAUAGGUAGUCUGUAUUACUUAGAAGACAAUGCUUCCAGUAAGGACCCUCCUGCUGCCCCUAGAGCCCAACUCUUGGUGCUGUGUACUGAUAAAUCUCUAUACCUCGUCACUGCAGCAGGGGGCAGGGAACUCAGCAUGGUUCUACUUCAAGAAAGUACUUGCUCCUCAGAUGACCAGAUCAGCGCAGUAACUCCCAUCCACUCCUUUCCAAAUAUGGUGCUCUUACAUUAUCGGAAUGGUACAGUGGAACUUUUCAAUGUUGCCAAGUGUGAGCCAGUUUGCCAGUUUGGUCUGCCAUCAACUUAUCUGUUGGCAAAUCCUUGGCAGCCAGUUUAUGCUCUUGAUGCAGAUAAUCUAUGUCUUUUUCUUAAAGCUAAUGAGAAACUGACACCAGGAGAGUCUUUGUCUGCAGAAAAUGACAGUUGCUCAGUCUUUGUCUUCAGUCUGAACAUGUUAGGAAAAACACAAACACCUGUUGGGAUCCCAUCCCAAAAUAUACCAUGGGAACAGAAGUGCAAGCUACUGUUACAGUCAAGGUUACAGGCUCUACCAGAGCGGAGAAAACAGAUUGCAGAAUCCUGGUCUCUUUUAAGGAAACAAGCCUCUGAUUUAAUGCAGAGAGACACUCUGAGCAGAUAAUGGUAGAACACAAGCUUGCAA